CCUCACCAACCUCACCGGGCUACUUUUUGUCAUUCCUUUCUCAAGGCAACUUUGCCAGUCCUUCCUUUUCCGCUCGUGCUAUCUUUGCACUUGUGAUUUACACUCCCUUUCAACCGCUGCCGAGCUUGCUCAGCGCUUCCUGAUUCUUUGUGUUGCUUGCUCACUUGACGUGGGUUGCCCGACUUUGACUCGACCCUCGAUCUCGACUCUCAACUUAAAAGCAACUUCCAGACCCAGGAUACCAACAGUCUUUUCAAACAAACAAACCAUUAUCUGCAUUCUUUCGGUGACACAACUGGUGUUGACACCACAACGACGACGACACUUUGAACAAGUCCUAGAGACCACCUCACUACUUCGCCCAACCUUGAGGAAACCGAUACACACAAAAUAGACCGAACAAAUCAAAAAGACAAAUUCGACAUUUGAACACCCAAAGAACCAACAAGAUGCUCUUCACUACCGCCCUGGCGGCUUUGGUCGCCAGCGUCGCCGCGGCCAAGGACUCGCGCACCUUCGCCGUGCUGCAACACUUUGGACAAGGCCCCUUGACGACUUGCCGUGCCGACCCCAUCGUCUCCCCCGGGAAAACCUCCUCCCACGUCCACACCGUCAUGGGGGCCAGCAACUUCGGCCUCAGCGUGACGGGCGAGCAGCUCCGCGAGUCCAAGUGCACCACCGCGCGCGCCAAGGCCGAUCUGAGCGCUUACUGGUUCCCGACUCUCUACUUCAAGGACCCCUCCACCGGCCUUCUGGAGCCAGUCGAGAUGCACUACAUGAACGUCUAUUACUUCUUCGAUGCCACCAAUGACGAAACCAAGGCUUUCCCCCUCGGCCUCCAGAUCGUCAGCGGAAACGCCAUGUUGAGGACCGCCCCCUCCACGUCGGGCGACGCCCAGCUGGACCCUUCCAAGGGUCCCAUUCAGCCCGCUCAGAUCACCUGCCCUCGCAAAAACUUCAACCCUCCCAGCUGGCCGAGCGGUUCUGACGGCUCCAGGGCGGGCAUCAAGUCCUUGCACAACGACGGCGCGGGCAUUGGCUUCCCCUUUGAGGAUUGCGAUGGCUACGCUUCGCCCAUGCGCGUCGACAUCCACUUCCCCUCCUGCUACGACCCUUCGGCCGGCCUGACCGACUACCAGAACAACAUGCAGUUCCCGUCGGAUGCGGGCGGCGGCAAGCUCGACUGCCCUCCCGGCUGGAUCCACGUGCCGCACAUGUUCUUCGAGACCUACUGGAAGACCCACGAGCUCAAGUCGCGCUUCGAGAGCAUGAUCGGCAAGGCCAGCCCCUUCGUCUUCGCCAACGGAGACACCACCGGCUUCUCGGCCCACGGUGACUUCAUCUCGGGCUGGGACGAGGAGGAGCUCCAGCACAUCAUCGACACGUGCGAUGUCGGCCACGCUGGCAUCCACACCUGCCCUGGCCUGAAGUACGGCGCCAGCGACGACAGCGAGUCUUGCAACAUCGAAUGCCCUGUCGACGAGGUGGUCGACGGCAAGCUGGAGAAGCUGCCCGGCAACAACCCUCUUGCCGGCUGGGCCCUCGGCGGCGUUGAUCUGCCCGCUCCCCUCCCGAUCCCUAUUCCUUCGCUCCCUGUCAAGAUCCCUAUUCAGAAGCCGUCGUCCUCGGCUGCGCCCCCUCCUCCCUCUCCUACCACCCUUAUCGCCGUUCCCGCACCAACCCUCCAGCCCUCUCCAUCUGCGGCUGCCGAUGUGCCGGACAAGGAGGACCCGGUAAACGAUAAGCCAGAAGUCGAUGAGCCGGAGAAGGAUGAGCCGGAACCGACUCCGACCCCGGCGCCGUCUCCGAAGCCGAUCCACACCAAGACCGUCUACGACACCGUGACGGUUUGGCAGACCAAGACGGUCUACGCGGACGACUUGCCGGCCCCGACCCAGAGCGCCCAGCAGUCGUCGGGCAACGCGCCCGAGGACAUCGCCGGCUUCAAGUACGUCGGCUGCUACAAGGACACGACCGAGCGGGCCCUCCGCGGCGAGGUGCUCCCCAAGAUCGGCGACGCCAGCAACACGGCGUGCGUCGACCACUGCGCCUCCAAGGGCUUCGCCAUCGCCGGCACCGAGUACGGCGGCGAGUGCUUCUGCGGCAACGCCCUGACGCCGCCCGAGAAGCUCGACGACGCCGAGUGCGCCAUGGCCUGCAGGGGCAACGCCAACCAGACCUGCGGCGGCGACUGGGCCCUGUCCCUGUACGCCAAGGGCGGCGAGCUGCCGGGCUCCGGCGCUGCCCUCCGCAGGCGCCAUGCCAGCCGCCACUACCUCCAGCACGCCCGCCUGCCCUCGCGGAGGCACCGGAGAUAG